GAGAAAGUGGACUACUUGACUUGACUUCAUUUUAGCAAAAGUCUUGCAUCUUUUUCUAUGUUUAUCCUCUAUAUAAGUUGCAUUACUACCACCAUAGUUUGCAUAUUUUGUUCCUCCAUUAUACUCACUUUCAAGAAAAAUAUGAGAUUCUUUCUUUUACUUGCUUUUUUCGGUCCUCUCAUGCUACUUGAUGAAGCAUAUCGUUUUACGGAUGAAACUGAUAGGCAUGCGUUGCUGGUGUUCAAGUCUCAAGUUUCUGAAGGCAAAAGAGAUGUCAUGUCCUCAUGGAACAACUCAUUUCCUCUCUGCAAAUGGAAUGGCGUUACAUGUGGCCGCAAACACAAAAGAGUUACCGGUAUGGACCUUGGAGGAUUCCAAUUAGGCGGCGUGAUAUCACCAUCUAUUGGUAAUCUUUCGUUUCUCAAAUGGCUUAAUCUCUCCGAUAACUCUUUUGGCGCAAUAUUCACUGCCAACGGAGUGAUCCCACUUGGUUUUUCACCUUCUGCUAGAACCGUGACCUGGACGAAAGAAAACAUUCCUGAAGAUCCCUGGUCACCACUUGGAGUUGCAAAUAAUUUCAGUCAUAUAAAGUCCCCUGACACAAGCAACGCUAAGACUAUGCGACGGCCGUCACUCACAGGUGUUAGGGUAACUGGUACAAGAAAUGCCAAGACACGCCUCCACUUAUGCGUUCAGCAUCAAAGAUAGGGAAGAAAUGGGCAUAAAAAGCUAUUGAAGAAUAACACGUUUUCUUGCUUUGGCUCGAAGCAUAGUAUCUAGUUUUUCUUCUUCCUCAGUAAAUAAGAACUCAACUUUAGAGUGCUCUGACAGUAACAUAGAUGGCUCUUGUUUAAGUCAUUCUUCAACACUUUUUAAUGUCUCUGAAACAUUGAAUUCAUUUAUAUAUCACAGUUUCAUUUAAAUCUUAAA